GAGGGGAUUCACAUCUAUCAUUCUAAAUUCUUUCUUUAGCAUGUGAAUUGCUUGAAAGUCACUCUCGGGGUACUAGAUACCCAAAACUUUCCUAAGAAGCCACAUCUUUUUAGCUCUAGUAAAAUACCCGCCAACAAAACCCGCAUCUAAGGGCGCAUGCUCUAGCCCCUCUAUAGAAAUAGCAACGACAUACAAACCAUUCCCCCUCCAAGAAAGACAAAGGCUCACCACCAUCAGAGGAAACCACGACAAAUAAUGAAGUUCGUCAUCUCUUUCGUUUCUUAGGAAGUCCACGAGACCUCAAAGAACUCAGUUUUAAUCCCAAAUAAUCAUUUACACUAUAUGACCUUUCUCCUAGCAAAUAGCUAGUCUCAUCGGGAGAGGGAUGAGAUAAUCAAGCACCCCUUAAGAUCAGACGGUCUCGCGGUACCAGAGGCUGAACCAAACAGAAACAACUGUCUACCCUCAAAACCCAAACAUAAAUCCCCAAGUCCUCUAAGCUUCUCUCCACCACCGCUAAAGCAUCGCAUACAACUAAAUCAAGCCCUCCUCUACCAAGUCGUCGCCGUCUUCAAAACAACCUUCAUUCACCUAAACAAUACUAUCUCUAAGACCCUAAAAGGAAAUCUCCAAGAAGAGAGCCUACUCCAAAACCCUUGGCUCCAUAUCACAAUUUUUAAUUAACCUCAACCAGCCUUAUAAGAAAAAAGAGAGUACACAAAUGAUGCUACAAAAGUACUAUGUAGCUGAAUGAGGAGCAGCAUGUAGCAGAAACAUUUGAUUCUGGAAACAUUUGUUAUGUUGUUCUCAAUCCAAACAUCACUGAAACGAGGUUUCACUCCCACUGCCAAAUCCAUCAACAGCUUCUUCCUCUUCCUCUUCCACCUUCGCAAAUUCGACCUCAUCAUCCACCUCUUCAGCUUCAACAAUCUCCCCACCAAUCACCGAACCCACUCCAUUCUCACAUGGGCACUCCUCAAAUCUCACAGGUUCGAAGAAGCGGAGCAAUUCAUGACCACCACCACCACCCACUUCCGAUCGCAGUUCCCCUUCACACGCGCCUGGGACCACCUCAUUCGGGGUCUCUGCAUCACGCGUGGAGAUCCAGACAGGGCACUCUCUGUUUUACGGCGCUGCUUGCGUGACCGUGGCGGCGUUUCCCUCUCUUCCUCGGUUUUCUGCUGCCUCAUUCACAAAUUGAGCUAUAUGGGUCAUGUGGGUAAGGCUAUUGAGGUGUUGGAGUUGAUGGCUGAGCAUAGAAUCGAGUACCCUUUUAACGAUUUUGUCUGUAGUUCUGUGAUUUCCGGGUUUUGCAGGGUUGGAAAGCCUGAACUGGCGUUGGGGUUCUUCCAGAAUGCCACACGCUCCGGCGCGUGGCGUCCCGGUGUGGUGACUUGCACUGCCCUCGUGGGUGCUCUUUGUAAGCUGGGGAGGGUUGAUGAGGUUUGUGGUUUGGUUCGUGGGAUGGAGGAGGAUGGGUUAGCUUUGGAUGUUGUUUUGUAUAGUGUUUGGGUUUGUGGGUAUAUUGAAGAGAAGGUUUUGGUGGAGGUUUUGAGGAAGAUCAAUGAAAUGGUGGAUAAGGGUAUAGGCCAUGAUGUUGUUAGUUAUACCAUACUCAUAGAUGGGUUUUCCAAGUUAGGUGAUGUGGAGAAGUCAUUUACCUUCUUGGCCAAGAUGAUAAAAGGAGGACAUAAGCCCAAUAAGGUCACAUAUUCUGCAAUAAUGUCUGCAUAUUGUAAGAAGGGUAGAGUAGAGGAAGCGUAUGCUGUUUUCAAGAGCAUGAAAGACUUGGGAGUUGACCUGGAUGAAUUUGUGUUUGUCAUUUUGAUUGAUGGGUUUUGCAGGAUAGGAGAUUUUGAUAAUGUGUUUCGUUUGUUUGAUGAAAUGGAGAAGAGAGGGAUUAGUCCCAGUGUUGUAACAUAUAAUGCUAUUAUAAAUGGUUUGUCUAAGUAUGGGAGGACAUCCGAGGCGGAUGAGUUUUCAAAAAAUGUAGCUGCGGAUGUGAUUACAUACAGCACCUUGUUGCACGGGUAUACUGAAGAAGAGAACAUUCCUGGGAUUUUGCAAACAAAGAGGCGGCUAGAAGAAGCUGGAAUCACUAUGGAUGUUGUGAUGUGUAAUGUACUCAUCAAAGCUCUAUUUAUGAUGGGGGCUUUCGAAGAUGUUCAUGCACUUUACAAAGGAAUGCCAGAAAUGAAUCUUGUUCCAAGUUCUGUUACUUACUGCACAAUGAUUGAUGGGUAUUGCAAGGCUGGCAGGAUUGAUGAGGCGCUAGAGGUAUUCGAUGACUUCAGAAAUACAUCAAUCUCUUCACAUGCAUGCUACAAUAGUAUUAUUUAUGGACUUUGCAAAAAGGGUAUGGUAGAAAUGGCCACUGAGGCAUUAUUUGAACUCAAUCAUAAGGGUCUCAUGUUGGAUAUAGUUACAUAUAGGAUGUUGAUGAAAACAAUUUUCAAAGAGAACAGUGUAAAAGAGGUUUUAGACUUAGUUUACAGAAUGGAAGGUCUGGGGUCAGACUCAGACAUGUAUAAUGCAGUAUGUAAUAAUUCCAUUUUUUUAAUAUGUAAAAUGGGAUUACUUGAGGAUGCAAAUAGGUUGUGGAUGAUGAUGAAAAAGAAAGGCUUAUCUGUCACAUGCAAGUCUUAUUAUUCACUUUUGAAAAGGCAUCUUAGUGAUGGGAAUAAGGAGCAAAUCGUGCCCGUCUUGAAUAGCUUCCUGAAGGAAUAUGGUAUAGUUGAACCAAAGGUUCAAAAGAUACUUGCAUGCUACCUCUGUCUGAAAGAUGUCCAUUGUGCUCUUCGAUUUGUUGGAAAAAUGAACUUUUCAGCAGUCACUUUUCCUGUCUCCAUUCUCAAGAUUCUGGUAAAGAAGGGUAGAUCUUUAGAUGCAUAUAAGCUUGUCAUGGAGGCUGGAGAUAAUUUACCAGUCACCUAUGUUGAUUAUGGCAUCGUGAUUGAUGGCUUAUGCAAGGGAGGAUAUCUCCAUAAAGCAUUGGAUCUUUGUGCCUUUAUUGAAAAGAAGGGGAUGCAUUUGAACAUAGUCAUAUAUAAUUCAAUAAUAAAUGGAUUGUGCCAUGAAGGUCGUCUUAUUGAAGCAUUUCGGCUAUUUGAUUCAUUAGAGAAACUUAAUUUGGUACCCUCUGAAAUAAGUUAUGCUACAUUAAUUUAUUCCCUUUGUAGGGAUGGAUUUUUGCUAGAUGCAGAGCUUGUUUUCAGGAAAAUGGUCCUCAAGGGCUUUCAACCAAAAGUUCAAGUUUACAACUCAUUACUUGAUGGUUUAUCUAAGUUUGGUCAAUUAGAGAAGGCAUUUGAGCUUCUAAAUGAUAUGGAGACAAAAUAUAUAGAGCCUAACAGUAUGACUGUUGGUGCUGUAAUAAAUUGUUAUUGCCAAUUGGGCGACAUGGAAGGAGCCCUUGAAUUCUUUUAUAUGUUCAAGAGUAAGGAUAUAUCACCUGAUUUUUUGGGGUUCUUGUAUUUGAUGAGAGGUCUAUGUACCAAGGGAAGGAUGGAAGAAGCAAGGGGUGUCUUGAGAGAAAUGCUCCAGUCCAAGAAUGUUGCAGAGGUAAUUAACAGAGUCUACAGUGAGGUUGAUACUGAGUCAAUUGGUGAAAUCCUUGCCUCUCUGUGUGAGCAAGGAAGAAUUCAAAAAGCUGUUACUGUUCUCAAUGAAAUUGCAUGUCUUCUUUAUCCUGCUCGAAGGUUGUCUACUUAUAAUCAAUUAUUCCAUAAACUGCACGAGAUUUAUGAAGGGAAGGAUGUUGAUUCAAAUUCUUCAAGCUCUAUUCCUUUGUCUUGCAGCAGUGGUUUGGAUUUUGGAUCUUGUGAUGCCAGGAAUGUAAAGAAUCUUGUGACAAAUAAUGGUAGUUAUUUGACAAGAUCCCAGGUGCACAGCUUUGACUUCUAUUAUUCUAGAAUUGCUGCACUUUGUGACAAAGGGGAGCUGCAGGAAGCUAAUCAAUUGGCAAAAGAAACACUUUCUGAGCUGGCAGAGUAUACGAACUGAACAUUCAUGAUAUAAAUGUAAAGUAAUUCUUGUAGCACGGGGAACUUUUCUCCCUGUAGUGCCAGCAAACAGAUCACAUGGAUGAAACUUGCAGAUGCAAAUCAUCUCUUAGAAGUUGAAUGCUAUUUUUGACGACUGAAGAGAAUCAAGACUUCCAUGGUGGAGGGUUCAAUUUGUUGAUAGAAAUUUACAUCAUCAAGAACAGAAUCAUAUCAAAUGCUGUAUCCACUAUGAAAAGGCAACUAUAAUUUAGUUUCACUUUCACCAGUGAAGGAUCAAGGUAUCUAUUGGACUCUGGACUGAGCCAUUAAAUGAACUGUUAAAUAUAGAAAUGAAAUUUUGAUUGUGGACUUGCUCUAAUAUUAGGGCUCAUAAAGGAAUUUGGUCAACACAUUUGGGAAAACCAGUUGUGGAUAGGCUCAUGAUCAUCAACCACUAAGAAGUUCACAAUCAAUUCUUUGGAAGUAAAGAAAGCCAUUCUCAAGGUCAUAUCCCACAUUGUAACUCUGCUGAGCUGACAACCCAAUAAUUGAAGGAAUACUCCCCAGGCCAAACUCACUGAUUGGACCUACAACCAUGCAAAAUGCAUUAUCCGUCACCUGUUCGAAAAGGCUUCCAGGGUCCAAAGCCAAAUCUGCUCCUUCAUCAAAAUGGAAGGUAACCACUGGAAACCUCACCAGGUCCCUGCUCACAUCCCCCAAGUAGCAAAUUUGCCAUGGAAUAUUUUCAAAUGUAGUUUCUUUAAGCGACUGCCGAAGGAUGUUUCUAACUUCUCUGUAUAACAAUUUAUAAGCAUCAUCAACUAGGUAGGUCAUUGUAGUCCCUGUGUCAAUGAUAACUCCACCUGUGCCAUCCUCUUUCAUCUCAAAAGUUGUUGGAGCUAAGUCAAGCCUCUUUUCUCCUACACUAAUGCCUUCCAUGGUUAUAUAGUAAAAGCCACGAUGCUCUUGCAAAGGCGUAGAAUAACCUUCUAGAUCUGCCCCUUCACCUAAUAUCAAUUGAUUGUAAUUGUAGUUUUUGUCAGUUAAGCUGCCUAUGCAGUAAGAGAAUCUUCUGCCAAUUUGUGACACCAGAGACACAGGUCCACUAUUGAGUCCUAAUAUUCCAUUAUACCCUGGAUCUUUAUUGUACCUGAUUUGGUGGCCACACCCGAAUUCUAUGUAGGGGACCAGAACCGUACCUUCAUCAGCUGUCUCGAAGACCAGCAUGUCGCGGCCGAGUGUUCCUGAUGAGGAGGAUCCGUCUGCAUAAUUGACAUUGAAUGUGAACCGAUCCGAGAGGUCGCAUUUGCAGCCACUGAAGCCACAGGGUGUUCUGCAUGGUGCGAAAUAGGUGGAAGACUUAGAAGGAUCGAAAAUUGGGAGUGAAUGGUGGACACAAUUUAAGCAAGGGGUGCACAUGACCCAGAAGCGGGCACUGCCAGUGUCCAUGAUAACUAGUUGUGGGGUGGGGGGUUGGCCUAUUGAGAGAUUUGCCAGUAUGGUUCUACUAGUUAGAGAGGGAGAAAGGCUUGCCCUGUAGUCAUUAGAGAUCAAUGAACCAUUAUCAAUCCUUGCUCGCAAGUAGGCUAAACGCGCAACUGAGUGUUGGAUAUCAAGUUUCAUUCGGUCUUUCGCAGUUUCUUUUGGAUUGUAGUGUGGAUGCAGAACAGAGCGAUGGUGAAUAAGUUUGGAGACCAAUCUAUGAGGCUUAGAUUUUGAGGUACCUAAAGAUGCGGUGGUUGUACUUGUAUGAAUUGAUGAGAAACAGCAUGUUGAGAAGGCUAACAACAGAAGAAUAUGCAUAAGUUCAUAUUCAAAUGCCAUUGAUCUUGUGUUUUAUUGAAAUGUUAUUCCCUAUUUGAGUUUAGGGAGGUUGUAUUGUAGAUACAGUUUCCAACACAUGAAAGUAAUGUAUAGUGAAAGAGUAACAAUUCACUCUUAUAAUUGACAUGGUAGAUGAUUAAUGAAAUGUAAAAUGUAAGUGCUUUCAAAAGGUAACAAGGUCAUGAAAACAAGGUCUUGUUUAGUACAACCAUCUUUACAUUCUCUGCUAAAAA